UUUAGACGCUUUCCUGUUUCCUCGCUAUGGGCACAUCAUCAGCGUGCCCAGUGCAAGAGAAACCAUGUCGCCGCCAGGCCAUUCCUCAAACUCCUGCCUUCCGACGCACGUGCUAGUCCAGCCUGGGGCUCGGGUCCUUCAACCCCGCCCCCGGCCCUGAACUCGGCUUCUAGCCCCGCCCCUGCAAGGUGCCCCCGGGAACCGUCGGCUGGUGGGACUCGCUCUCCCGCCGAGCCGGGUGGGGGCGGAGUCCGGCCUGGCGCUGUGAGGACCGGAGUGGCGGAGGUGGCGCCUCUGUGCGGGAGCCGGCAUUCGCGGCCAUGACAGUGGUGGCUCGCGGUUUCUGGCUGCUCCGCGGCCGCCUGGGCCGAGUGUCGGCGCUGAGCCGAAGCGCGGUGUCGCCCUUCGCGGCGCCAGGACCGGCGGGGCAGGCGUUCCGGGGCUUUCGGAGCGGCGGCGUGAGGACCAGCAGAGAGAAGAGAUUCCAUCUUCCAGAGGUCGCCACUGUCUGCCUCCCCACUUGUCCCCAUCCUCGGUCAUCUCUUUUAACACAUUAUUGACCAGAGAUAUAUUAAUAUGUCUUUUGUUACCCAAAUGUUAUUGACUGGAAAUAUAUCAAUAUCACUUGAUAACAAAUUGCUGGCCACAAGUGUUAGUGUCUGCAAAAAUCCCCCGGUCAAUAAUGAGUUAAUAUGUAGUGACACAUUAGUUGUGUAGUUAUUCAUAGUGAAUGUGGUUUAAAUUCUACAUUAUCCUCUUGACUUGAAAUUUGAGCCUUAGUGUUUUUCUUACUGCAGUGAAUCUUUGAGUUUGAUGAACUCUUUCCCUAAUGAUAUUGACUGUUUUCUUUUUUUUAAUAUGAAUUUAUUUGUUUUAAUUGGAGGCUAAUUGACUGUUUUCAAUUAACAGAUUUAUUACCAGUUUCUUGUAUAGAGCCUCAAAUGAAACAAAGUAUUUUUGAUUGUCUUUCAUAUCUUUGGCUAAUUAGAUACUUAUAAUGGAACAUAUAAAUACUUUUUUAGUAGAGAAUUUCAAGAAAUAGUGUUUAACAGAAUUUGAAAAUUACAAAAUUAUUAUUUAUUGUUAAAUAUUUAAUCUCAGAAUGGUUUCCCUUUAAAAUUUGCAGUGAGUUUUUCCCCCAUUUACUCAUGAUAAAAUAGAUUUAUUAAUUGAAAGAAAAUAUAUUUAAAUGUCAAGGAAAUAAGUGAAUAAGCCCCUUCUAUUUGUUACAGCUUAUUGUUUCUUGAAAUGAAUUACCUAAAAAGCCAAAAGGUUACAAAUAAAAAAUUCUUGGUGACUAAAUUUUCCCAAUUUUGCCUUGCUGUGUGAGAAGUUUACAAAUCAAAAUGUGCUUGGGUUGUAAAACAUCACAUGAGUCUGGCGCAGUGUUUUUAAGUGUAUGGAGCUGGGCAGCAGUCUAUCCCAUCUGGAGGCAAAGUUACAGAUUUUUAUGUUAAUGCCAUUCUUGAGGCAGAUUUUCGGGUAUCCUCCAACAGAGGCUUCCCCAAACCAUGCUUUACUACAUCAACUCAUUAAUUUUUUUAGAAUAAAAAACCUAUAUUUUUGGAGCUAGUAAGAGAUACUGGCUUAUGUUAUGUAAAUAAUCAUGUCUUAUAGGACUUCCUU